AUGGAAGAUUUUCCAACUUUCGAGCCACAAAACAAGAUUCAAAACUUACAAAAAGAAAUUGAGUCCAUUGCCGCUAAGACGCACAGCUAUAUUACAUACAGAAAGAUUGAUGAAGAGAAAGAUUGGUACCCAUAUGUCGAAGAUAUUUGCAGAAAAAUGGAAUACGUCUGCGGUCCUAAGUUCUGCCUUGAAGAUGCAAAAGAUAUCACUUACAAAUGGACUCAAACAGAUAACUAUUUCCAAAUUGUAAUGACUGACGUUCCAAAAGAAUCAAUAACAAUUGAUGAACAUCAUAUAUCAUCACCAAAACUUUCAGGUGACUGGUUAUGGCCUGUUAAAGACAUCACUGUCGAUGUUGUUGGCAGUAUUACACAAAUCGAGUUCAAUACAACAGAAAACGUACAAUGGCCACUCCUCAUUAAAGGUGGCAAUCCAGAUGGUCUUUCAUGCUUCUAUUUAGCAUUGGUUGCAAAUCAAUCCCAAAAACAAGACAUUGCCCUUUAUUACAUGCAGAGAGGCACAAUGGCUAACAACCACAACUGCGCUAUGGCAUACGCUCUCUCUCUUCUUGAAGAUGCUUCUCAAGAAGAAUGUGUUCAUUGGUUCGCCAGAGCUGUUUUGAACCAUGCCGAUAAUACAUGCGGAUAUCUCUUAAGUGCUGCUCUUCUUGAUGGUCGCGGUAUCGAACCAGCUCCACAACUUGCAGAAUACAUUUUAUGCAGAUUAUGCGUUGAAGGAUUUGCAGAUGCAUUCACAAGAUUGGGCAUUCUUUACCUCCGUGGUGCAUUGGGUGUCAAGAAAGCACCAAAACAAGCUCAGCAAUUGCUUGCAUUAGCUGCUUAUCAAUACCAUGAUGAAACUGCUGAAAAAAUCUACGAAGCUACUCCUUGGGACCAGUUAAUCUCUGAUCAGGAGAAACAGGCUGAAGAAGAAAAGAAGAAAAUUGAAGAAGAAGAGAAACAUAAAGAUGAUCCAGGAGUCAGCGAUUACCUUAUCGCUGGUGGUGUUGUCGCUGGCCUUAUCGGUGCUGGUAUUUGGGCUUUCAACAAAUUCAGCAAAAAAUAA